UGUACUAGAUGUUUAUGUAAUAUAACCAUUUGUAACAUCUGUAAUUGUCUUUCUGUCUUUUAGAGAUGCAUCAAUCCAUAUUUGUAAUUGAUGUAAAGCCUGCAGUUGAACGCUGCACAACAUGUUGCAAACUUUACCACUGCCCCCUCAGUCCUACAUAUAAACCCAGCCCAUCGUACAGGCUUCAGCGCCAUCUAGAAGUCCACAUAAAAAAUGCCAUUACAUUUAAAGAUAAGAAGAUUUGUAAGUGCAAUUUGCAAUGCAGGAAUUCUGGUCAUUUUCAUUGCCCUGUUUGCAACAAAACAAUCAUAACCAAGAAAGAUAUGGAAAGACAUCUGGAGGCUUGCCAAAGUGCCACACAACAAACAUUUACCUCAGCUUCUUCCCCAUUGGAACACAACUUAGAAGUUAGUUUAUCUGCAUCUACAGUUCAAACCGACCCAAGUGCCACAAUGUCUCCCCCGUUUCCACCAACUUCCACUUUUAAACAACAUUCACUUCUUGGUCCCUCUGAAGUUUAUUCUGGAACGAUUGUUGUCCCAUCUGCCCAGGAGACAGAAACUAAAUUAAUUUCAAAUAAGGUGAAAUGUCCUCACUGCCAAAAUGUUAUCUAUAAAAAAAACAUGACCAAACAUAUUGUGAGAAAACACGCUGAAAAAUCAAAGGACAUAACAGUGACUGAACAUUUGAAAAGUGUCUGUGUGGAUGCCACAAAUGGGAUCUCUGUAGUUCAAAAAGCAAGUCACGGCUUUUCUGUGCCCAUACAUGUGCAAAACAAAACCUGGGGUCAUCAGCACAAAGUUCAGUGUGAGUUGGAAAGCUGCAGGCAGUAUCAUCUGAUGGCAUUCAGAAGUGGAUUACCAUCUAGCCAUUGUGAACACAUCCACUCACUAGAGUACUGCAGUGGAACAGCUGCCGAAGAGUAUCUGCAUGAAGAUGUCUUAACUGAAAUGGUGGACUUAAAAUUCUUCGGUGAGGCUAAAAAAGCAACAUGUGUGAAAAGGCUUAAGAAUGCACAGGCAGCUCAUAUACCUUUCUGUGUUGAAGUGCCAUUUACAGAACCCCCCAAGCAGUUUUGUUUCUCCAUUUAUGAACCUACUUUACAUCAGUAUAGUCGCCUUGGGAGGAUCAUGGUGACAUACAACUCAACAGCUAACACAUGGCAUUGUCCUUGUGCUAAACCAAGAAUGUCAUGUGUACACAAGAACAUAGGCAAAUGGCAUUUGUUUCAAAACAACCGGGACGUGUUCAGAACAGAGACUGCAACUCAACAGCAC